UCCUUAUUUCCUGGGGAUCCCUCCUUCCUUCCCUCUCCCCUCCCCCCCGCGCCCCCAUUCCGGCCCGAGCUGGGGGGGGGGCCGGGCGACGGGGGCAGAGUCCGGCCCAAGCCCGCCUGGCCCCAUGGACAGCUCGGCCGUCAUCACUCAGAUUAGCAAGGAAGAGGCGCUGAGCCCGCUGCGGGGGAAAGGUGAUCAGCCGUCAUCACCUUCGAAGAAACCCCGGAGCCGAGGAAUCUUUCACUCUCUGUUUUGCUGCCUGUGCCACGAUGACACUGAUCCUGUGCCCAUCAACAAUAAUGCCCCGCUGCUGGUGGAGGAGAAUGGGACUGUUCCCAAGGCACCGGCUAAAUAUCUUCUUCCUGAGGCCAAAGCCCAGGACUUGGGCAAAAUCUGUGUGGUCAUUGACCUGGAUGAGACGUUGGUGCACAGUUCAUUUAAGCCCGUGAACAAUGCAGACUUCAUCAUCCCUGUGGAGAUUGAUGGAAUGGUUCACCAGGUCUAUGUGCUGAAACGGCCCCACGUGGAUGAGUUCCUGCAGCGGAUGGGGGAGCUGUUUGAGUGUGUGCUCUUCACAGCCAGCCUGGCCAAGUAUGCAGACCCUGUUGCUGACCUGUUGGACAAGUGGGGGUCUUUUCGGGCCCGGCUCUUUCGAGAGUCCUGCGUCUUCCACCGAGGGAACUACGUCAAAGACCUGAGCCGUCUGGGUCGGGACCUUCGGAGGGUGCUCAUCUUGGACAAUUCUCCAGCCUCCUACGUCUUCCACCCAGACAAUGCUGUACCAGUGGCCUCGUGGUUUGAUAACAUGGGCGACACAGAGCUACAGGAUCUCCUUCCUUUCUUUGAACGGCUCAGCCGUGUUGAUGAUGUCUACUCGGUGCUCAAACAACAGCGGACUGAGAGCUAGUGGUGGGGCUGGUGCCCCUCCCCGUCACCCAGCUCCUAAGCCCCCUGCUUGUGUCACAGAGCUACCCAUGAGCCCCCACCUCAGCAUCAUGGAAGCUGAUCCCCUCUUUUCACACUUGAACUUCCUAUCACCCUCUUCCUUUUUUUUUUUUAAGAAAUGAAUCAAUUUUUAAAUUCAGUGCCAUGGGGAAGGACUCUAUCCCCUUACCACUGCCACCAGCCAGCCCAGCCUGCCUCACCAGAUCCACAAUGGGAGGAGUGGAUGAGAGUGAUCAGAGACACAAAGGAGCUGCAAGACCGAAGAUGACCUCAGGCUUCAGGCCUCACCUCCUCUGUCUGACUCCCUCCACAUCUGGCUGGGUCCUUUAGUACCAAGCAUCAGUGCCUUAGAUACUCUCCUGCCCCAGAAAUGGGACUGUGGAGGGGGGUUAAGGUUGGAGGUGGGGACCCCCUACCCUUCUGUUCUCUUUCCUCUCUUCCAGUGUUGCUGAGUUUCUCUGCUGCCAAAUGUUGGGGACCCUUCUUAGGGAGGUGGGGGAAGGGGAGUAGAGGGUAAUGGUUCUUGUCCUGUGGCCUAGUGCGUCAGCCCCCUGAACUGCCACUCCCCCCCCCACCCCAGCCUGCCCUUCUUGGUAGGCAAGGUUGGAUGCAAAGUGCCUUGUUCAGAGCCUUUCUUCCCAGAGGUUGGGGGUGGUAAGGAAAAAUGUAGGAGAUGUCCCCAAAGCGGGUUUCUCCCUAAAAACAGUCCAGUUGAGAAGGAUGGGAGGGGAGAUUUGAUUCUAUAUCUCUUUAGGGCAGCUCCCACACUUUCCCUCUGAAAUGGACUCUUUCAAUUAGUGCCUCUUAAAAGGGGGAGGAUGACUAUUGCAAAUGGGGACACUGAGGCAUGUGAAAGAAGGGCCUACUGCCCUAGACCUGAAAAGGACCCACAGAUAUUGCCUCUGACCCCUAGGGUCUGCAGGGGGUGGGCUAGGGGGCAAAUAUGGGAAUCCCCUCAGUAAUGUAACAUUCUCAGGCCUGGGAGGCCCAGCUUCCCCUGGCUCUUCCUGCCUUUCCCCCCCUCCUCCCCCACAUCCCUCCUUUCUGUCACAUCUGCCUUAACCAUUAAUGUUCCAGGCCAAAUGAAGCAGCCAUUUGGGUGUGACUAACCCUUUCAGUCCCCAGGUGGGGUCUAGGGGAGGGGAGGGAAAAGGGGCUGGGGACCAGGGCUCCCAGCCCCCCAUUGUGCCAUAUAAAUAUGUAUAUGUGUAUAUAGAUUUUUAGAGGAAAGGGGCAGGGAGGAUGAAAGGGUGGGAAAUCACUCCUUAUCCCUCUUCUGGGCCUAGGACCUGAGGGGUAAAGGAGGGUGGGAUGGGAAAGGAUUUUUACAUUUUUUAAAUUGCUAUUUUCUGAACGGAGCAAGUGAGACUUGGGGAUUCCAGUUCCUCAUUCCCCUGCUCCACUCCUGCUCCGGCCCCACCAGUUCCGGAGCUAAGUCUGGUGCACUCUUAGUUUCCCCAUAUUCCCCUGGGGGCUAAUUUGGCUGAAAGGUUUGGUUGCAGCCCCAAGUAGGGUGGAGUUGAGAGCCUCUGGGAUCUCCUGUCUCCCUUUCCAAGCAUCCGAAUGGGGUUGGGAGGUGGAGGGAGCAGUUCAUCCUUCAACUCAGUGCAAUUCAAUGCCUGCUUCUAUCUGUCCACUCUCCAUAUGCCUCUUGCUUUGCAUCUGGCUUAAGGUGACUAUGUGGGAAUCCCCCUUUUGCCCAGAGGUGAUCUCUUUCCCAGCAGACUCCUGGUCCCAAAGUUUCCUUACAGGGCGAUUAGGAUGUCAGGAAUUUUGGUGGCCAGACCAAACUUUUUUUUUCUGGUGCCAAUCUAAGCCAUACAGCCCUUCUCCCUAACUCUAUGCUUGCUCAUUGGGGGUAGCUACCAAGAAAUCCAGAGACUGUGCCCCCUCCUUCCCACCCUGAUCCCCUUGGUUCUAAGACAGACCCAAAGGUCAGCCCACUGGCCUCUUCCAGUGCCAAGGGGGAGUCAGCGUGGCAAUACAUAUCAGAGUUUUUUCUUAUUCCUCUUAAACAAGGAGCUAGAGUGGUGGGCAGGGAAGAUUGGACAGGGUUGGUGUAGGCUAUAGCUCCGUAUAAGUGCCUUUUGUGGGACCCUGGUAUGAUGGGAGUUCCUUGAGCGAUAAAGAGAAAACCAGAUCCCUCCCAA